GCAAGAUUCUUUCAUUCCGUACACUUCCUAACUGUCAAAUUCGUACUAAAAAUCCGCCAUGUUUACAGUGCUGACAACAUUGAAAUUAACUUCCUUUUGCCUUUUCCUUUUCUCUUUCAACGUGCACUGUGACAAGUAAAGAUGCCUGCCACGGCCGCCAAGAAAACCGAAGCUAAAAAGCUUCCCGUUGUGCCCGAAUCCAAAUUGAAGUUCGCCAAGAAGGUGAUCAGCAAGCGUGCUCAAGAAACCAAAAGAAAAUUGAAGCGCACUGCCGUUAUUGCCCAACGUAAACGUGAAAAUUUGGUACGUGCCGAGAAAUACCAAAAUGAAUACAUCAAGGCUGAGAGACGCGAAAUUAAGUUGCGUCGUUUGGCUAAACAACGUGGACAAUACUAUGUUCCCGGUGAAUCUAGAUUAGCCUUCGUUAUCCGUAUUCGUGGUAUCAACAAGGUUGCCCCCAAGGUACGCAAGGUCUUGCAAUUGUUCCGUUUGCGUCAAAUCAACAAUGGUGUCUUCAUCAAGUUGAACAAGGCCACCAUCAAUAUGUUGCGUAUUGCUGAACCCUACAUCACCUGGGGUUAUCCCAACUUGAAAUCCGUUCGCGAAUUGAUCUACAAACGUGGUUUCGUUAAGCACAACCGUCAACGCGUCCCCAUCACCGAUAACUUUGUGAUUGAACGUAAAAUGCGCAAGGCAUACAACAUUCAAUGCGUUGAAGAUAUGGUCCAUGAAAUCUUCACCGUUGGCCCCAACUUCAAGUAUGCUUCCAACUUCUUGUGGCCCUUCAAAUUGAACACCCCCACUGGUGGCUGGCGCAAGAAGGCUAACCACUAUGUCGAUGGUGGUGACUUCGGUAACCGUGAAGACAAGAUCAACAAAUUGCUCCGCAGCAUGGUCUAAAA